AUGAUUAUUCCAGGACGUACCUCGUCUCAUACGCGGCCUCCGACCCUACCCGCCCAUCGACAUCAUACGCUCGACAAUUCUGCUGCGUUGCGUACCCAAGCCUUCGCCGAUUCAGCCCUCCAGCCGGCCGGCCCGUUGAUGCUCGUCAUUGACAACACCGCUGAUCGAGAGACCCAACUGUACCUCUGUGAGCUCCCAUGCGCCCAGACGCGUCCGAGGUCGACAUUUCAACUGCGGCCACGACAAGCAAGCUACUCUCCCAAAUCGUCGCCCGUUGCGCCCGCCGCGCCCGGCCCGCCGGAAACCGCCUUGCGCCUGUUGAAAUCGGCGCGGCCGCCAGGAGAUCUGCCGGGCUCAAAGUCGUGA